CUCGUCCCUGUAGGACUUACGGUUGCGGGAUAUGGAUUUUUAAAGUUUUGCAGGUUUUCCCCAUUUUGCCUUUGUAUAGCAAUAUACAGGGUAUUUUUAGCCAAUGAGAAUUAAGCUUUUGUUUAUUAGGCGUAGAUAGGCAUUUUGUUUUAAUUGACGAUGCGCGCGAAGGCGCAGCUGAAAUUGUGGCAUGGCGUGGGACGGAUGGCUGGUUUUCUACGGCCAGCCCCUGUCACUUGGAGGCCUAUGAUGGCUUCCAAUCCUCAUCAAUGGAAUUAUUUGGUGCCCCCAGCAAUAGCUCGUUUAUUGCUGCACAAUAAUAAGUGGGAU